CUAGCUAAAAUUUAAAGAUAUAUAUAACAAUAUAACAUUGUUCAAUAAUAAUAUAAUAACAUUACUGUAUAAUAAAUUAAAAUUUUAAACAAUAAUAAUAACUAUUAUAACAGUAAAACUUACAAAUUAAAAAAAAAGAAAUGGAUCAUUUAAGUGUUAAUCGAAAUUCACCAUCACCAACGUCAUCACUUGAAAGUAUGGGUAGCAGUAAUAGUUUAACUGGUGUAUACGUUUAUAGAUCAAGAUCAUUUAAUUUUAGAAGAAAAAAAAAACAUCAUUCAUCUUCAGGUGAAAAAAAAAUUUUAUGUGUUACACUACCACAUCAAAGUAAUGAAAUUGAUUUUGAAGAGCCACCAUAUUUAACAAGUCAUAUUAAAAGUACAAGACCAAGAUGUAAUACAGAUCCAUCAAAAUUUAAAAAUCCAAGAUCAGGUGUUCUUGAUAAAUUAGUUAAACAUACAAUACAUAUGAAAUCAAGUCCAAUAGCAAUUGCUGUAAGAUCACCUUCACCUGUGACUGAAAAUAUACAGAAUCAGUAUUCAUUUGAUUUUGAGGAUGAAUCAUCAAUUGGGUAAGUUUUUUUUUUUAUUUAUUAAUUUUCUAUAUCGUAAAUAUUUUACAUACG